CAGGGAUGCACAAGCAGAGUAUAACAUGGAGCAGAAAUUCAUACAGCUUCAACAGGAAUGGAAACCCAGACUAUUCCAGCUGGAUAAAUUCACACUGCCUGAUUGGCAGCAUCAAAAACCACAACAUGUAUUACCAGAAACAAAGAAACCCACAGAGGGCACAGUUUCAAAACUCCAAACUGCCAAUCAACACACCUGUAAUGAUCCAAGACUCCUCGUCAUUGGUCUGGAGAUACACUUUGCUGAGAUAGAGAACGAUUUGAUGACUCUGUCCACCAUGUUGAAGUCCCCACACAGUGUUGAGUUCAGGCUGCAGAAUGAACAUUUGUUCCAAUCACUGCACGAUCUCGGGAAGCUGCUUUGUUUAUUUGAAAGAUACCAGCAGUUAUGGGCUUUCUUGACCAAGAUGUUCCAUGAAACAUCCAUAAGUGUACAGAGUGUGGAGCUGCUGGAGCAAUUCCAACCAAUUGAUGAGACCUUUAAGGACAUUAUUCAGUCCGUCUCAAGUGACACUCAUGUGUGGAACUUUGUUAAUCCAAAGAAAACAAAUGAGAGAUUUCAUGGCAGAAACUUCCACCAGAUUCUCAUUGACGGUGUCUCUACAAUGGAGGCCAUUUCCAGCCAGAUGUCUGACCUCCUGGAGAGCCUCUGUCAACAGUUUCCAAGACUGUGGUUCUUAAGUGAUUGGGAGAGGAUACAGCUACUCUCCUUUGAACCAACGCCUUCCACACUGCAGCCUUUUGUACGCAAAUGCUUUAAAGGGAUACGUUGGCUAGAAGUGGAUUGUGUAGUACCAUCUAAUCAGACAGGUGUAAAGAUCUGUGGGGCUACAUCUGAGAGCCAGAUGAAGGUUCUGGGGUUUUUCGGCAGCCUCCAGGAGCACAUUACCUUUCCGUCUCCUUUGGAACCAAAUCCCAAUGCCUUAGGUUGGCUUUCUAUCUUUGAGAAAGAGUUAACGUUGACCAUGGUGCAACUCAUGAAGAAAUGUGCUAUUGUGAGAAUCCAGCUUGAACCACCCACUGAAGAUGUGGCAUUUGAUAACCAAGUAAAAGACAUUGUAUUUCAAAUUGCUGAAAGAAGGAAAGUCGCCCUCCCUGUGCUGGAUCUCGUGUCUGAAUACCCUCUUCAGUGUCUGCUGGUGGUGGAGGAGGCAGUUUGGUGCCAGUCUGUCCUACAAGCUUUCCAAGAGUCAAGUCCAGUGAUGUUAAGAAACAUAAAGGCAUACAACUCUGCAAAAUGGAAAACCCUUGGCCGUUUCAUAAGGGAUGGAGUCACAGGGUCUGACUGCGAGUCUUUGGUCUCUAAGUACAGGAUGAUGUGUCUGCGAGCUUUGGUGCAACUUACAAUGAAGCAUUCCCAGCAGCUUUCUCGGCUCAUGGAGGUGCAUAGUCUUCCAGAGUCGUCUUUCGAGUGGCUAAGUUUCAUGAAGUAUCAUAUAAACUCAGAAGAUUGUAGUCUGACGGAUGAUCCAACAUGUCACGUGGAUGUUUUGGGCCAUCGACUCCAAUAUGAUUAUGAGUAUUUUGGUCCAGAAGAUUGUGUGAUGGGACACACUCCAUCCACAGAUCGGGCGAUACUGGGGAUUCUCCUGGCUCUCACAAGCUACAGGUGUGGGUUUGUGAGGGGACCUUGCAUGUCUGGAAAGAAAACAACAGUGGUUCAGUUGGGAAAAGCGUUGGGGCGAAUGGUUGUCAACUUGCAAUGUUGUCCAACUAUGAGCCCCGGUGUUGUUCAGAGGAUGCUGUUGGGUGCUCUUCAGACUGGAGCGUGGCUUCUGCUGGACUCUGUAGACCUACUAACACAAGGAUUACUUUCAAUGCUGGGCCAGCAUCUAUUUGACAUCCAACAAUCCUUCGCAGAGUUCACAAAGAAGAAGAACCAAAGACUGAAAGAGGAGCCAAAGGACUGGAAUGCUGAUACAGAUUGCACAAACCUCCAUUCAGAUUGUCACAUGGUGAUUGCAGGGAAAAGCAUUUCUGCCAGACCAAGCUAUGGAUGUGUUGUCAUCUCAUCCAAAGGGUAUUCAUCUGAGGUUCCAGAGAUCCUGCGAUGUGCUACCAGACCCAUCGCUUUAACCCUUCCAGAUUACAGGAUCAUCGCAGAAGUAAUGCUGACUUCCAUUGGUUACUCAGACGCCGUGUCUUUAAGUCAACGUCUGGUGGACCUCAUCAGCCUGGCCCAGGAUUCCCUCUGUCUGCCUGAUUCCAUCAAUGACCACCAGAGCUGUUAUCUUGUCCUCUUGCAAAAGAUCAUCUCUGCAUCUGAAAUGCACUUCCAACAAAGUGAAAGGCAAAAAGACAUUUCUGAUGAGGCCGAUCCGACACCUUCAGAAGCUGUGACUGUCAGAGUUGAUGGUAAGGAAAGAAAAGAAUCUGAAAAACCCUCCAGGUUUCUCAGCUCUCAUUUGGCCAUUAUACAGGGAUUAAUGGAGGAGACAGCCAUUGUCAAAGCCAUUCUUUCUGUCUCAUUACCUGUUCUUUAUGAACAAAAGAAAGCCUUGCAGUUCUCCAUCCUUCUCAAGGAAACAUUCCCUAUUGCAUGCCAGUUUCCUCUCUUCCAAGAGUACAUCGAGGAAGAUGAAAAGACUCAACUUAAAGAUGCACUAACAGAAGAACUACAAAGGAAAUGUUUUCACGCUGACACUGAAAUAAUAAGCAGUUCUCUGAGACUCUACCAUGCCAUGAAACUCUCUCCCGCAGUUAUUCUCAUAGGCCCUUCAGGUAGUGGAAAGACAACCUGUCGCUGUGCUCUUGCUGAAGCACUCAAUCACCUGGCUGCGUUGACAGAAAAUGACAAUAGGAUGGAAGGAGAUACCCCACAGAUCUCAACCUGGAACUCUGUGGACACCGUGGUUUUAUUUCCUAAUGCCAUGUCCCACAAGGAGCUAUUUGGCAGCUUCUGUGAAAAGAGAGGAUGGCAAGAUGGAGCUGUAGUAAAGGUGCUGAGAGAUUCAGAACCAAAAAUCUGCAACAAGAAGCAGAAAAGUGAUCAGAUACAUAAAUGGCUGGUGAUGGAUGGGAAUCCUGUAGGCUGGUUGGACUACUUAACUACAAUGUGCAGUCCUCAGGACCAGUUUCUGUGCCUGUCUUCAGGGGAAAUACUGCCAUCCCAACCACACCUUAGACUAGUGAUGGAGGUCACUGAUCUACGUGAUGCCAGUCCCUCUGCAGUGACCCGCUGCAGCCUGGUUUAUUUCUCAGGUUCUGAUCUGUGGAAGGCUGUGUGGAGGAGUGAAAUGGAUGCUCUGUCUUCUGAACACAAACUAGAUCAAGGAACCUUGAACAUGUGGAAUCGUCUGGCUGAAGAUCUGUUCUCCAACACACUUACCGCUUUAACAUCUGCAAUCCUAAAUGAAGGAGAAUCUCUUGAAAGCGUUGUGCAUGGGAUGAGAGAAAUCAUGUCGUUUGUUCGGAUCCUACGAGCCCUCCUUCAGCAUGUCGGGAAGGAAGGGGACAAAGCUGGGGCAACACCACAAGUGGACAAAAAAGAUACACCUCUCCACAGAGCGGGAACAGACAGCAAAGGCCUGCUGAACAGAAACCUUUUCCUGGUGGCUUAUAUUUGGGGAUUUAGUGGACAUCUGCAUCCUCGCCACUGGCCACGGUUCGACUCAGUGGCGCCAUCAAGUGCUGUUUACGCUGCCGAUACAGAAUUGUGGUUCCUGAUGGGAGAGAGUGUGUUUGCAUGCUACUGCUUUUUAAACAUCGACAUCAAGACAUGGCCCCGAAGAACACACUGCCGACAAAUUCUAUCCCUCCCGAUGUAUAGGAAGUAUGCCCUCUCUUUCUUGAAGCAUCAUGUUGGAGGCGAACCAGCCGGUGUUGCUCGCAGGAGAACCCGGUUGUGGAAAAACGCGACUCUGUGCAGAACGUUGCUGAGUUUUGAGAAGCCACACAUUACUCUACAGCCAGUCCUCUACUGAGAUCCAGAGACCUGCACACCGUACUGAAAGACCAUCACUGCACGAAGAACUGCAGAGACACUCAGGGUCCCAAUGGCAAAACAGAGACAGGACUGCUUGCUCUUUGUGGGAUGAUUUGCACGAAGCC